AUGUAUAGAAGGUUAGAUGAAGAGCGAGGAGGUGUAUCAAAUGAAUUCGUAGAUGGGAUACAUGCAUUUUUAUCUUUUGCUCGUAAUCAACCAUCUUAUCGACAACGAGGGAAUUUAUUAUGUCCGUGUUCCAAGUGUAAAAACCAAAAGCGUCGCCACACCGAUAUCGUUGAGAAGCACAUAUACUUGAAGGGAUUUACAGAGAAUUAUUAUGUUUGGACGCAUCAUGGAGAAAGUUGCGAAGCAUCAACAAGUCAUUGCCCAGUUGAACAAGAAACUUGGAGUGAUCACCAGAAUAGUCCAGUGGCUGUUGAUCAUUCUUAUGAUCCAAAUGAAGAUGUUCACAUGUUAUUUGACGAUGCAACAAUUCAAGAAAAUAUGGUGGAGCCAAAUUUUGAAGAGAGAUACCAUGAUAGCGGCUUUCAUGCGUUUGAAGCAGUGAAUCAACCCCUUUACGAAGGGUGUCAUGAUGGAAUUUCUCCAUUGUAUCUCGCCUCAAAAAUACUGAAUUGGAAGACCACUUACAAUCUAGCUGAGGCAUGCUUGGAUGAAAUAUCUGAAACAUUUAAAACAGUCCUUCCGUCACCCAAUAAAGCUCCUGAGUCAUACUACGAGACAAAGAAGUUGAGUCGAUCACUUGGAUUGCCUUGUCAUAAGAUUGACGUGUGCGAAGAUAAUUGUAUGCUUUUUUGGAAGGGAGGAGAUAAAGAGUUAUUGCAAUGUCGGUUCUGCAAAAAAGAUCGGUUUCUUCCGUAUAGUGGAAAAGGUAAAAGAAUACCCAAGCAGAGGAUGUUUUAUUUGCCUAUUGGAGAUCGGUUGAAGCGAUUGUACCAAUCAGAGACAACAUCAUCACAUAUGAGAUGGCACGCAGAACAUGUAUCCCCGGAAGGAGAGAUGCAUCACCCCUCUGAUGGAAAAGCAUGGAAGCAUUUUCAGAAGGUAUAUCCACAAUUUGCUUAUGAGAGUCGUAAUGUUUAUCUAGGCUUAUCAACAGAUGGAUUUAAUCCAAUUGGUAUGAACGGUCAGGCACACUCGGUUUGGCCAGUUAUAUUAACACCAUACAAUUUACCUCCCGGGAUGUGUAUGAAAAUGGAAUAUUUUUUUCUAGCGAUAUUAGUUCCAGGGCCGAAACAUCCGAAGAAGAGCCUAGAUGUCUUUUUGCAGCCAUUAAUUGAAGAACUACAGUUUUUGUGGAGCGACGGUGUGGAUGCUUACGAUGUGUCAAGAAAUCAAAAUUUCAAGAUGCGUGUUGCAUUGAUGUGGACAAUUAGUGAUUUUCCCGCAUACGGUAUGCUCUCGGGUUGGACUACACAUGGUAGAUUGGCUUGUCCGUAUUGUCUAGAAGAAACAAAGUCAUUUUGGUUGCCAAAUGGAAGAAAACACAGUUGGUUUGAUUGUCAUAGAGUAUUCUUGCCUAAAGAUCAUCCUUACCGGCGGAAUUUAAGAGCAUUUCGAAAGGGAAAAUCAAUGCACGAUGAUCCUCCAACAUGGUUAUCUGGGGAGGAAAUUCUUUAUGAGAGGAUAAGAAGCAUUGAAGGGGUGUUCAGAACUGUCGAUUGUGGAGGAAAAGGUCAUGAUAACCCUGCUCGUACUAUCACAGGAUAUGGUGAUUAUCAUAACUGGGUGAAGCAAAGUAUAUUCUGGGAUUUGCCGUAUUGGGCAGACCUACUUCUUCGACAUAAUCUCGAUUUCAUGCACAUCGAAAAAAAAUUCUUCGACAAUCUCAUUAAGACAUUGCUGAAUGUUCCAGGGAAGACAAAAGAUAACGUUAAAUCUAGGAUGGAUCUUCCUUCUAUUUGCCGAAGACCGGAUUUAGAGGUUACUCCUGAUGGAAAAGCACCUGUUCCAAAAUUCAGAUUAUCAAAGGAUGGCCUUAAAAGUCAUGAUUGUCAUGUGAUCAUGCAACGACUUCUGCCUAUUGCAUUUUUAGAGCUACUGCCCGAAGCUAUCCACACAGCUAUUUCAGAUGUUGAGGACUGA